UCCCUACCAACCAAAUUCCUUUCAACCGAUAACCAAAUUAUAUGUUCGUGCUCUCACCUCCCCCACUCCCAUGUUAUUGUUGGCAGCCGCCUGUGUGACGUAUGAGCAGCAGCCCCGCCCCUCUGAUCACUAAACCUGUACAAGUACACACAGAGAGAGUGCGGUGAGCUGUACUGAAUUGCGGCUGGUUGCGGGAGGCGAGUCUGUUGGGCCGGCAACAUGGAAAUGAAAGAUACCAAUGAACCUAAACCCGAUCCUGGUUAUGGCAACCAAGGUUAUCCAGGGGCAGAUUAUCCAGGUUAUCCCCCACCACAAAAUCCUUAUGGGUACCAACCUGCUGGAUAUCCACCUGCUGGGUACCAACCUGCUGGAUAUCCACCUGCUGGGUACCAACCUGCUGGAUAUCCACCUGCUGGGUACCAACCUGCUGGAUAUCCACCUCCUGGUGGGCAGGUUCCACAAGGCUAUCCUCCUGGGCCUUAUCAAGGACAGCCUGGCCAAGCUAAUUUUGGUGCUUAUGGAGGACCAACUGCUAUGCCAAAUCAGCAUGGUGCUCCUGCAGCUGCCUGGAUGCCAACACCUGCUCCCAUCCCUAACUGCCCACCAGGACUGGAAUAUCUGAGCCAGAUUGACCAGAUACUGGUUCACCAACAAGUUGAGCUGCUAGAAGCAUUGACAGGAUACGAAACAAACAACAAAUAUGAGAUUAAAAACAGCCUGGGCCAAAGAGUCUACUUUGCUGCAGAAGAAAAUGAUUGCUGCACACGAAACUGCUGUGGGCCAGGCCGACCCUUUACCAUGACAAUUGUUGAUAACACGGGUCGGGAGAUUAUGAAAUUAAACAGGCCGUGCAGAUGUUCAUCUUGUUGUUUCCCCUGUUGCCUACAAAAACUUGAAGUGCAGGCACCUCCUGGGACAGUUGUUGGUUAUGUUAAACAGAACUGGCAUCCUUGUCUGCCUAAAUUCACCAUUCAGGAUGAGAAUGAACAAGGUGUCCUCAAAAUCAAGGGCCCCUGCAUUCCGUGUAGCUGUUGUACCGAUGUUAAUUUUGAGGUAAAGACCAUGGACGAAAGCUCAGUGGUUGGCAGAAUCACCAAACAGUGGACUGGUUAUGUAAAAGAAGCUUUCACUGACGCUGACAACUUUGGAAUCCAGUUCCCAAUGGACCUUGAUGUAAAGGUCAAAGCUGUCCUGCUUGGUGCCUGUUUUCUCAUUGAUUUCAUGUUUUUUGAAGAGAGUGAGAAAAAAAACUGAAAAGGAAGAUGGGAGUGCAAAGAAGUAAUUGCAUACAAAAUAUUUUACUACGAAAUGUUCCAAAACAUUUUAUUAUAGAUUUAGUGUACCAUUCAGGUUCAGACCUGUAUGUGUGAUGUUUGUGUCCUCAUUUAAUGGCAUUCAACAUUUAUCCUGUACCCGAGUUUGAUACUAGUAAUCUACAUAGUGGCACACAGACAUUGUGGUUAUUUUGACCCUCCAUGUUUUUAGUAACCUAACCUAGUAUUGCCUGACUAGUGUUUUUUCUAGUGUCAGAAAGGUAUGCCUAGCUAGCACUUGCCUGACCAUUAUUUUAGCCAGCUGCUUUGCUGCGUAAAUUCUCUACAUUUUUAGACUUUUAAGAUACUGUAAAGGCAAACCAAAGCCACCCCUUGUGCUAUUGUCCUUUCUAUAUAUUGAUAUAUCUGUAUAAUUAAAUAUGAUUUGUAUUGCAGUUUCUAUAGAAUGAAAUCACAAGUCAUAUUAGUUAAAGUUUCCCAUACCUAUUCCUAUAUUGUGUCGCUAUGGAUUGUACUUAGGAAAGUGCUUAGAGCUGGCCGCAUGAACAAAUAUAGCAGCAGAGGAAGCGACGGCCUCAUAUCAUUUUCUGUCUUAGUUUGAAAUAGGUCCGGAUAUGAGUGUUUGGGAGCUUUUAAUAACGAUAAUUAUCCUGUAAAAUACAUCCUUGUAUAGAACUUAGUGUGAUCUUCACCUAAUAAACUGUGCUUAGUGAUAUCACAUAUGUCCCAUGACCCAUUGAAACCGGUAUUUUAAGAAAUAAUGACCCCCCCGACUAAAAAAUAAGGAUAUUAGAAGUUACCCUUGACCAAGUUUCUCCACAAGAUGGUCCCUAUAUUCUCUUAUUCUCUUAUUCUAUCUUUUUACCAUAAAUGUUUUCUGGCAUCAACGUGCUUGCACUGAAGUAGUGAGCUUACCUGUAAUAUAUAUGCUAGAGCUUUAUUCUGUAAGCACUGUGGUACAAGUUACAGAUGCUAUUCCUUUUUAUAUUUUUUUAAUUGCAUUUCUUGUUUACUGUUCGAAGUUUCUACUCGGUUAUAACAUUUUAUAAUAGGCAAAUUUAGGAAGUACAGGUGCUUUCUGGGCUCAAGACUUCUUGUUAUCUUAGAUGGAGAUCAUACUUUCGGGGGAAUGUAAUAGUCGGUAACGGAAAAACUAUUCGCAAUACGAAAAGUCAUGCCUUUUGCGUGAACAAAUUUUGCUUUGCGUGAAUUUAAAAACUGUUUAGCGACCAGUGGAAGACUGUUUGAGAAUUUUAUAGUUUGCGCCACUGUGCAAUGAAUGUAAUAAAGCGUAUUUUUGCUCCAAAAAGAUUGACACCUUCAAGCACUUCUUAAGAGUGCGCAAUUAAAAUUGGCAAUGUAAUAACAGUUUAAGGAACAAUAUUACAUAGCGAGAUGUGGAUUUUAUUGUUAUUGGUGCAAAUUGUUUUGCUCUUUGCGACUUUUAAUACAUUCCCCCGCAUGUGUCUUAAAGUUUACAUUUUUUUUCUGGGUGAACAUUGACUUUUGACAAGAAACUUAAAAUGUUAAACUAGUAUCUUUUAAUACUGAAACGUACUCUGUUAAACAUGUACCAGCAAACACAAAACAUCACAGGAACCUCGGAGUUGUAGGUGCUUGACAUCCUUGCUGAAAUGUUAAUUGUGGUAAUAGCACAUGGGGGUAUUUAGUGCCACAUUUUUUUAUUCAGGAAACUGCCGUUCCGCUAUGGUGACAAGCUUCCAGGCUUGUCCGGCAGAAUCAGCUUGUAAACUAGCCACUAUAUUAGUGAAGACUGUUGGGGACCAUUGGACACCAUUGGACACCAUGUUUUCAGGGCAGUAAAAAAAAAAAAAUGCAGUGAUUAAAGGAUAAUUCCAAAAUAUUAAGGAAUACACGUAGAUGAAUUUAGUUACGACAGCACCACCUGCUGGUUAGUUUCUUACUUUACAGUAGUCAAGAAAGUUGUCCGAAGAAAUGGAGGGCUGUUCUGGUUAGGAAAUAUGUGAGAAGUUAUGAGGAUUUUAACAAUGUUUUUUUUUUAUAUUUUAAAAACCAACGUUUUUAACAAAAUGCGUUCAUAUUAACAUUACGUGUAUCCCUUAACAUCUUGGAAUUCAAAAAAUAAGUUAUGUAAAUUGCAAAAGUGCUUAGAGUAGCAAUCUCAUCAAUUUUACAUUUACUUUUAAAGGUUUACUUAUCCUUUAAGUACUGAAAGUAGCCUCACACUGUAAUGCCUUCUUCGGAUGCUUCACCUACUAAAGCUGGCCAUACAGUUGAAGAUCCUCUUACAAGCCGAUAUUUUCCCCCCGAUAUGCGCACCCUGAGGUGAGCAAUAUCUGGCUAAUCCAGUUUUCGGAUCACUGUAAUGGGAAUGUUGGGCAUUGGUUUAGGAAGGACCGAAUCGGCAGAUUUUAUCUGCCCGUAUACGACCACAAGAAUUGUAAAAUUGUCUGUGUUCAAUAUUAUAUGAAUUGGCUCUAAGCUCUGCUUAAAGGGGUUGUCCACUUUCCAAAGUUUUUGAGUUAUGUUGAGUUCAGAUGAUACACCGGGAAUAAGACUUUUGUAGUUGGUUUCUUUAUAUUUUAUAUUCCUUUUAUGAAAUACAAGGAUUCUGCACAGCAGGGCCAACCAUAGUAAAUGUAU